AUGGCUCAGUGGCAUGACGAUCUGGACUGGAAAAGCGGUGACCUUGUUGGACUGCAAAAGUCGAAGUUUUGUUUACCAGCUCCUUUCCACUCCUACAAAAAAAUCAUACUCAAAAAAUUUCAUUGGGAAUAUUUAAAGGACAAACUUAGCGUCAACAACAGCUUGAUAAACAUGAGCCACAGAAGCAACUCCAGCAACAUCAGCAGCAACUCUUCAGCCACAAAUGUAGAAGAAGCUGCUCGUUACGAUUGUUCGUUGUUUGUUUUUCUCGUCUGCUCUGUGGCUAUGGGGAUCGCUUGCCUGCUUGGAACAUCUGGCAAUGCUCUCUCCUUCUUCAUCUUCACCAAACACAAAACUACAACGAGCACCAUUCUCCUCCUCAAGUUCAUCGCCAUCUUUGACUUCCUCUUCCUCUUUUUGACCUUCUUCAUUUACCCUGCCCUCUCCUUCUACCAGUGCACCUUCAAGGACCCUGACGGACGAGCCAUCGAGACGUUUGGCAGUUACAACACAAGAAUCUUCUGGCCUACAGCAACAAUCAUGCACACAUGCAUCGUCUGGUCCACGGUGUUGGUGACGGUGAAUAGGUACAGAGCAGUGACGAGGGCAGUGGAAGAUUACGGUAGCGCCAGCAAUUUGAAGCCCACAUACCUCCACGUCCUUUGCAUCUUCAUCUUCUCCAUCAUCUACAACCUACCUCGCUUCUUCGAAACCAUGAUUGAAGGAAUUUUCAUUAACGUUAGAAAAUUUUUUUUGGAAAUGCAUAGUUUGAGCUGUUUGAAGAAUGAAAUAUUUAUAUUCGUGUUUGCAUGUGGUAAGAAGUUACAAUUCAAUCUCAAUCUCUAA